UAGAGAGGGCGGAGAUGCCGUUUGAUCAUAUUAAUGCGAUGCAGGAUAAAUGAGCCUGAUGUUGCGGAUGGAAUAGGAAUACAAGCAAAGUUUCUUGGACUUGAGUGUUGAAUCGAGGGAGUGGUUUUAUGUGAGUGAGUGAGUGAGUAAGGGAGGGAAAGAUAUGCAUCGAAUUGAUAUCGGUAAGCUGGAGAGCUUGCUCAUCCUCUUUACGAUACAUACCCAGUUUCCCUUUUCUUUUCAUCUCUCCCUCAACCCCUCAUCACAUUCCCACUCGCUCCCUCUCGCCAAAAAUCACGUGAAUAUCACGUGUUCUAACACCCAUGACCACCUCCGUAACUUCUUUACCACCGCCAUCCUCCUUUUUCCCGCCCAAAUGCCUUCCACCCCAAACUCAACUUCCCAUACAAAGUAUAUCACCACACCGCUUCAGCCCUUCUAGCCCAACACCAAUUCCAUCGCCUCGCACCCUAGCACCCAAGACUCAACAUCCCUGCACCGCAUUUUAGGCCUAAUCCCUCCCGCAGCAGGGAUGCUCAGUCCCCACCCGCGCUCGGCAGAUGAACAGGCUUCCGGGACUUAGACCGGGACGGGAUGGGGAGUCACUUGUGGAGGAAUCAGGCCACUUGGGUGUGGGGGGUAUGAUUCGUGUGAGGGAGUGGCGUUUUGGGGGGCGAUGGGAUGGGCGCAUGGGGUUGCUUGCGCAGAUGCUUGGUUAUAUUAUGCAGCGACUGCCUUGGUUGAGGGAUCGGUCGGACUGUAUCAUCUAAUUUAGUCCAC